AUGAACACCACUCUUCUCCGCACAUCCGCCCUCCGCUCGGCUGCCCGAGCCGCCGCGCCCGUCGCCUCGCGGGCUGGACUGGCUGGUGCCACUUUUGUUCGCGGAAAGGCUACUCUGCCCGACCUCCCAUACGACUAUGGCGCGCUCGAGCCCUCCAUCUCGGGCAAGAUCAUGGAGCUACACCACAAGAACCACCACAACACCUACGUGACCUCGUUCAACAACUUCAGCGAGCAGAUCGCCGAGGCCAAGCAGAAGCAGGAUAUCCAGGCUCAGAUUGCCCUGCAGCCCCUCAUCAACUUUCACGGUGGUGGCCACAUCAACCACACUCUCUUCUGGGAGAACCUCGCGCCCACCAACCAGGGUGGUGGUGAGCCACCAUCUGGCGCUCUCGCAGCUGCCAUCAACACCAACUAUGGCAGCCUUGACGCUUUCAAGGAGAAGUUCAACACCGCGCUCGCAGGUAUCCAAGGCAGUGGAUGGGCAUGGCUGGUACAGGACACGCAGACUGGCGGCAUCCAGAUCAAGACAUAUGCCAACCAGGACCCUGUGGUUGGCCAGUUCCGUCCCAUUCUCGGUGUCGACGCGUGGGAGCACGCUUACUACCUCGACUACCAGAACCGCAAGGCUGAGUACUUCAAGGCCAUCUGGAACGUCAUCAACUGGAAGGCGGCCGAGAAGCGUUUCAAGUAA